AUGACGCGGGUGAAUCGCAACAAGAAGUCUGUUGGACUCGCUUUCAACAAUCCCACUGGUAUCUCCAUCCUCCAUAGACUAGCCCAAGAGUGCGAUGUCCUCGUCGAAAACUACCUGCCCGGAUCACUCGCCAAGUACCAACUCGACUACGCGACGCUUGCGAAGCUCAAUCCCUCUCUGAUAUACGCGUCUGUCACCGGCUAUGGGCAAACUGGGCCAUACCGCGACCGCGCGGGUUACGACGUGAUGGUUGAGGCCGAGAUGGGCUUGAUGCAUAUUACUGGUGAGCGCGAUGGGCCCCCAGUCAAGGUCGGCGUAGCGGUGACGGAUAUCAUGACCGGGAUGUACACUGCGAUCGGCAUACAAGCAGCGUUGUAUUCGCGGAAAGAGACCGGCUUAGGUCAGUGGAUCGACGCAAGUUUGAGCGACGUGCAGGUCGCGGGGUUGGCAAACAUCGCCAGCAGCGCGCUGGUGACAGGGAAGGGCGAUAGCGGACGAUGGGGAACUGCACACGCGACAGUAGUACCCUACAGAGCCUACAAGACAAAAGAUACCAACAUCGCAGUCGGCGGCUGCAACGACCGCCUAUACGGCAUCCUCUGCGACAAGCUACAACGUCCAGAAUGGAAGACCGAUCCCCGCUUCCUCACGAACGCGCUCCGCGUCAAGCACCGUACGGAGAUCGACACGCUCGUAGAGGCCGAGCUCAUGACCAAGACAACGCAGGAAUGGUUGGAGAUCUUCGAGGGAAGCGGCAUGCCGUACGCGGCUGUCAACGACAUCAAGGGCACGGUCGAGCACGAGCACGUUCUUGCGCGUAAUAUGAUCGAAGAGGUUGAGCACCCUGCUGUAGGCAAGGUAAAGCUUGUCAAUCAUCCGGUCAAAUAUUCGAGAGCAGAGCCGCGGAUCAGGAGUCCGCCGCCGUUGUUGGGUCAGCAUACGGAUGAGAUAUUGAGGGACGUACUGGGGUACGACGAGGCUGGGAUCAGAGAGCUGAGAGAGAAGAAGGUAGUCGCAUAG